AUGGCAAUCGGUCAAACCGUGACCGUGGUCAACAAGUCUGGCAAGGUUGUCAGCACCGGAAAACAUGUUGUCAACGUCUUCAAGGAGGCCAAGUCAGCAUAUAGAGAACGCAAAGCUGAGAUCAAGGCUGUGCGAGAUGCAGAGAUCGAGCAAAAGCGUGUGCAGAAGACACUCGAGAAAUUCACACUAGAAGACGACCACGCUUCACAGUCUUCCCGCCGCUCACACAAGUCAAGCAAAGACAAGAGAUCGCAUCGAGAUCGUCCACUGGUGGAGAGAGGUUACUCGGACAGCUUUUACGCCAACGACAGAAUGCAAAAUCCGAGAAGCCAUCAGCAGUCGGCAUCUGAAGCAGAUGUAGAUAUGGACCUGGCCUAUGGUGAACUACCACCACCUCUACCAGAGCGUCCUCACGGAAAUGAGAUCGAAUUGCGAGAGAAAAUGACCAAGCUGCAACAACUCCUGGACGAAGCAAAUUGUGUUCAGCAUUCCGUCAUUGCCACCAUCGAGAAUCUUCAAAAGAACCCUGACGCCUUGGCCGCUGUAGCCUUGACCUUGGGUGAAAUCAGUACCAUGGCAGGCAAGAUGGCUCCUGGCGUGUUGACAUCGAUGAAGACAGCAUUCCCAGCCAUCAUUGCUCUGCUCGCCUCACCGCAGUUUAUGAUCGCUGCCGGUGUUGGUGUUGGUGUCACUGUCAUCGCAUUUGGAGGUUAUAAAAUCAUCAAGAAAAUCCAGAAACACAAGGAGGAAGCCGCCGAACUCAAAGCCAACAACCAACGUCAAAUCGAGGACACUGAAUCCGUAUCCGAAUACGACGAGUUGUACGAGAUCGACAGCGACCUCAGCCACAUAGAAGUAUGGCGCCGUGGUAUUGCUGAUGCUGAGGCUCAAAGCCUAGGCACCAGUGUCGACGGCGAGUUUCUUACCCCUGAUGCAGGCAGACAACUUGUCGCAGAUGGUGUACUUCGCGAAGGGGACCUCAAGUCUAUGCGCUCGGGCAAAUCUCACAAGACUUCCAAGUCCAAGAAGAGCAAGAAAGAGUCAAAGAGCGAGAAGCUUUCCUCCACGAGCAGCUCAAAGGACAAAGAGAAGCGCAAGAAGAAAGAGCCCAGCGGUCUCAGAAUGCUCUUCAAGACACGCGCAUGA